AUGAGCCUCGAUCCGGCAUCGGUCUUCAGCAAUUUGGAGAGCCUUCAGCUGAAGAGCGAUUUGUUUCGAAACGUGAAAUGCUUCGUGACGGGCAGCCUAGACCCAAAGAUAAGUAAACUGUUGGAAGAUGGCGGUGUGUCGCUGGCGAAGUUUAUGGCCUUAAGCACGCAUGUCGUGUGCGGUCUUAACUACGACGAAAACGAUAUAACGGAGGCAGCGGAACUGUACGAUAUUCCGACCGUGACGGAGGCGUGGGUAGUAGCGUCGGUGCAUCUCGGGCGGCUGGCCUCGACGAAGGCAUAUUUUCCGCUGAAGACGGGCAUUUUUUGCGGUCUGCGAUUCGCCGUCACCCAACUCGACAGUCGCGAUCUGCGAAGACUCUACGCAGUUCUCACGUUCCACGGCGGAACAUUCAGUGUUCGGCUCGACCGCAACACGACGCACCUGGUCUGUGGCAGCCCACGAGGAGCCGCCUAUAGCAAGGCAGUUGCGUGUGGUACGGGCGUUCAGAUAGUGACCCCCGACUGGGUAGCGGACUGUCUUAAGUCGGCCAGCUUGAAACCGGUCGCAGUGUACCAUCCGAGGUUACUGCUCGAGCAAGCAUUCCUCAAGCAAGCCGCCACGGCCAAAGCGACGACAGAAAAGCAACCGUUGAACAGCAUUUUGGGGUUCGAUUUUGAAGAAGGCAUCGCCAAGACGGAGGUACCCACCCACGGUAGCGGCAGAAAGGAAGAGCCCAAAUCGAGGCUAAUUGGCCAGCAAGGAGCCGAAAGUGCUGCCGGAGGAGCGAAGCAAGGCGGCCAGGUGUCAUCUCCCGCCUCACGCUACACGAGACCGCAGCAGCAGCAGCAGCAGCAACAUUAUCAACAAGGACAGCAGCAUACACACAGAUUACGUGGACCGGUUCCGCAAACUCUUAACACUCAGCAACAAAACCAACAACAGCUGCAAAAGGCUCUACAAGCCCAACAGCAACAACAGCAACAAUUGCAGCAGCAACAACAGCAGCAGCAGCAACAGCAAAUGACAAUGAAUUCGACAAAUAAUAAUAUUUUGCAGCAAUCGCUGCAACAUCCUACUACGACCGUGCAACCUCAGCAACAACCGUCGCAACAGACACAAAUUAACUUUCAGCAAUCUGCGUCCCAGAGCGGCACCAUCAUUCAGCAAAUCAUACAAUCUCCACUGCAAAAUAGUCCUCAAACGCAGGGACCGCAUCAGCAGCAGCUACCGCAGCAACAGCAACAAACGCCCCAGCAGCAGCACCAGCAGCAGGGAAAGCAAAAUAUACAGGUUGUCUACAAAAGUGGCCCUAAUCAACAGCAGCAAGCGCAGCUGCAGGUGCAGCAACAGCAACAGUAUAAUCAAACUGCGGCCACCACUGUUUCAACCGGCAUCGAAGGACAGCAGCAACCGAAGCAGAUCCUUCGCCAAAUAACGAUCAAUCAGACCCAACUGCAACCGGGACAGCAGGUGAUGCAGGGACAAAUGCAGCAGCAAAUGCAAUCGCAGCCCGCUGGACAGCAAACUAUCCAAGUGUCCCAAUCGCAACCGCUGCAGCAGCAAAUUAUACAGGUGCAGCGCACCAUGGGUGGUCCACAGCAACUCCAGCUACAGCAGCAGCAGCAGCAACAGCAGCAGCAGCAGCAGCAGCAGCAGCAAUUACAAUUUCAACAGCAACAACUCUCCUCACAGCAGGGCGUCGUUACCACAUCCUCUGGCCAGAUUUCAAUGAUGAACAACAGUCAGGGAGUUCAAGGGCAACCCAAAUUUAUACAGCAAACUAUCAUUCAAUCGAUGGGCCCAAAUUAUCAAACCGUAACGAAACAGGUUCUCGUUGAACAGCAAGAUCAACAGUCGCCACAAAUGCAACAGCUGCAAUCGCAACAAACAUCGAUGCAAAAUGUACAACAGCAAAUGAAACCGAUGGGCCCUGCACCCCCUGGUGGACAUCCGGGCCAACCCCAGGUGGUUCAGCGAAUCGUGCAGCAGCAAGUCUUUCCGGGGCAAAACAUAGUGAUCGUUAACCAGUCUACGAACCAACAGCAGAUAAUUUCUGGUCCUGGCGCGCAGCCAUUGAACCCUCAGCAGCGGUUACAGUACAUGCAGCAGCAGCAAAAGCAGCAAUUACAGCAGCAACAUCAACAAAUUGUAGUCAGCAGUGCAGGGUCAAUGUCUACGGCUGCCCCACAGCAACAGCAGCAAAUAAUUCAGCAGCGCACCGUUGUCGCUGCCCAGGAUAACCCCAACGGGCAGAGCGUGAUGCUGCAACAGAGGGCGCAGUUACAAUUGCAGCAAAUGCAGGGCCAGCAGCUGCAACAGGCUCAACCGCAGCCGCAACAGCAGCAGCAACUGCUAAUUCAAGGACAACAUGUCGUGCAGCAGCAACCUGCCACGAUGAUGCAGCAAGGCGCGAUGGUGCAACAGCAAAUCAUUUCAACGUCUCACCAACUCAUACAACAACCUUCACAGCCACAAAUACUCCAGCAAACGAUCGGAGCGACCGGGCCGAUGAUACAACAAGCGGGUCAAGGUGGACUACCGAAUCAAUCGAUCAUGCAGCAGCAAAUACUGGGUCCGAGCGGUGCUCCGCAGCAACAGCUGAUGGCCGGUGGUAACGGGAGCGAACAAAUGCUUCAAGCCGGUCUUGGAGGAAACGAAAUGAUGCUACCUCAGCAGCAGCAGCAGCAGCAACAACAACCGCAAACGCCUACCCAGCAAGCGCCGGGCACUCCGCAACCUUGGACACCACAAAGCCCCCUCCAGCAGCCGGGAACGCCCUUCCAGGCGCAACAAUCGCCACAGCAAAUGCAGCAAUCUCCGCAACAAAUGCAACAGUCUCCGGGGCAGCAGCAACAGCAGGGCGCCGGGAUGCUUCCUUCCGGGACGACCAUUGUGCAGCAAACGAUUGUGCAAUCACCGCAGGGCCACCCGCAAGCUGUUCCAGGGCAGCCGGGUGUUCCCGGUCAGCCACAGAUUAUUCGGACAUUGCGCCCGCAGGGACCACGGCAAUUCAUUCAACUCGAUCCGCAGGCCCGUGCCGACCUGAUGAAGCUUGAUUCGGCCGGACAGCAGGAGUACAUUAGCCGGUUGCAGGCCAACCAUCUCAGGCAACGGCAGCAGGCCGCAUUUCAGGCGCGCCCCGGUCACCCUGGAGGCCACCCAGGGGCUCGCCAGCAGAUCGUCAUCCGGAGUCCAAUGCCACCGGGGAUGAAUCAGCAGCAGCAGGUCCGCUGGCUACACCAUCAGCAGCAACAGCAGCAACAACAAAACGCUCGCCAGGUCGUCGUUCGACCGGUAGCGCCGGGACUGAGUCCGAUUACGCAGCAAACGAUUGGAACUGGCCCCAGUGGAACGCCGUAUCCCAUUGAUCAGAAUGCUUCCGCCCAGCAACGGAUGCAGCAACAUCGCCUACUGCAGAUGCAGCUGCAGCGCGAUCAGGUCCAGAAAAACCAACAACAGCAGCAGCAGCAGCAGCAGCAGCAGCAACAACAGCAGCAACCGGGAGCAGCGCCAAUGGGCGGUCAGAUGAUUUCCCCACGCACUCCUGGAGGUGGCUUCCCGUCGGAAGUGGUCGUCGGCCCCGAUGGAAGUACGAUGGUGGUUCAACAGCAAACUCUCGUCGGUGCCUCUGGUCAACCUGCGGCAGGCCCGGUGCCGCAAUCGCCGCAAGAUCCUGCCGGAGGCUCACUGCAAGCUCAUCAGCAGCAACAGCAGCAACAGAUGCAAAGUAAAACGAAAACCGCAUUAGCCAACAUGUUGAGCAAUCGGCUGGGAAAUGGUGGCACGGUCCCUGGUGUGGCUGUGGGCGCUACCGGUACUUUGGUGGAUGGUGUGGUACCGCCCGGAGCGGAACCUUCGGCCGCCGGAACACUGCGUCUGAUGACGGCCCAACACAAUGCUGCCCUACAGCAAACGUUGGGACGAUCGCCGCAAGACAUUCUUGCGCUUCAGCAGCAACAACAAGCUUGUCAACAACAGCAACAGCAGCAGCAGCAGCAACAGCAACAGCAACAGCAGCAGCAACAAAUUCAGCAACACCUUUUGCAUCCCCAACAGCAGCAGCAACAACAAUUGCAGCAGCAGGUUGUCCGCCGCACCCUCGGCAACAUCACCAACAGUGGUGUGGUGCAAACACCGCUAGGCCCCGGUGGAGCUGGUCCGGUCGUCAAUCAGAUCAUACAAUCUUCCGCCGGGGGGAUUCCGGUGACGCCCGGUGCCGGUGGCCCCGUGAUGAUACAAAACGCGGUCGCCGUUGCGGCCGCUGCGAUGAAGGGUGGUGGUCCGGCACAGUUCAGCCCCGGGCGGGCACCGCUGCACCGGCCGCAGUACUACGGCCACAAUCCGAACCUGAAGCUUCACCCGGAGCUGUUCCUGCUCGGGUGCACCUUCUACAUCAUCGAGUACGAUGAAACGCACAGUGCGGCCGAGAUCGAGGAGUGGAAGAUGAUCAUCAAGAAGCAUGGCGGCGAGAUCGAGUCUUACUAUGGCCCGAAGGUGACGCACGUGCUGUGCCGCACCCAGCGGCACGGCGUCGUAAUGCAGGCCAUACGCGACGCAAAGCGCUGCAUCACCACCUACUGGCUGAACGAUAUCAUCGUGAAGCGCCAGCUGCAGCCCCCGUGGCAGGCGCUCCACCUGCCGACGCCCGCCAUCUUUGGCACGCAGAAACCGGCCACCAAGCACAACAUGUCGAUCACCGGGUUCGAGGGCGAGGAGCGCGUACGCAUCAAGCAGAUGAUCGAGGAGUCCGGCGCACGCAUGACGCCAUACUUCUCCAAGUCCAACACCGUGCUGCUCUGCCGGCAGAUAGACAAUGCGAAGUACAAGUUCGCGAAGGAGUGGAACGUGCCGGCCGUCAACACGAUCUGGCUGAGCGACAUCCUGCUCGGUAACCUGAACGCGAUGCAGCAGUGCGAGGCACCCAAGUACCAGCAGUUUAACCUGACCUGCCAUUUUCGAGUUGACUACAACCUAGUGAUGCACCUAAUGACUGCCUGGAAGUCUCCGAUUAACUUAACUCAGGAAUCGCACGAACGGGUCAAACGGACGCUCAGUGAGCUUCCGCCUCCGGUGACGGGCGUCAAGAAGCCCCGCACGCUACCACUGAUGGAGCCCGUUCCGGCAGAAAUCGUCUGCCAACGUCAACCAGCUAGCGACGCUGUCCCGAGUGUGCUCUUCUCACAGAUCGACAACACCGAGGGGUUAACCCGAGCCGUAAUAGCGCUCGGGGGUAAGGUGGUGACUGGUGCAACCGAGGCCACGCAUCUCGUGAUGACGCGCGUUGCCCGGACAGUGAAGUUGAUUCUGGCCCUCGCCACCGUGCGCCACCUGCUGAACAGCAAGUGGUUGUCCGACAGUGCGACGGCCGGUUACUUUCUGCCGAUCGAAGCGUACAAGCUGGACGUGGGCGAACUGAACGAACAGUUCAAGUCCGAUCUGCACCAGGUGCUCGAGACACCGGCGCGCACCAAACUUUUCGAGGGCAAAGUGUUUUUCGUUACGCCACAGGUGAAACCAUCGUGCAAGGACGUACGGCAGAUGAUCGAGCUCGGCGGUGGUACGGUCGAGAAGAACCCGCGCACGAUCAAGCGCAUCCGGGAGACGAACGCGGAAAAGGCGGGCAGCUAUGUGAUCGUGAGCUGCCCGGAGGAUCGCAUCAUCAUUCAGCCGUUCAUACAGAAGGGCAAGCACGCGAUCUGCCAGAUCUGCACCACCGAGUACGUGAUGCAGUCGAUCAUGCAGCAGCGAUUAUCAAUAGAGCCGCACAUCAUCAAGUGGGAGCUUGGGUCCUAAAGUGCCGAGCAAACAAAAGCCAUCUCCCGGAUCUUCCGGGACCGUUGUUCUGCGUCGGUCGAGCACGCGGAAGCCAUUUGUGUACAGACACGGAGGAGAGUAGAAGACAAAAGGUGGAUAACCACUGGGCCACCCGGAGCGGGACGUCUUUCAUUGUCCUCUUUUUUUAGCUUUUUUUGUCGACCAAUAAAUGAUAUGCGCGGUACUAGGUAUACAUAGUGACAGAUGAAUAUAAUCACGUUUUCCGGUACCAGCUCCUCUCCGAUGGAAUCGUUUUCUUGAUAUUUGUUGUACAUAGGGUUUAA